UUCCUUUUAAGUAAAUGGUUUUGUUUGUAAUAAAAUUAUUAAGAGUAGUUUGAUUAUUAAACUUAAGUCAUUACGAUAAAUGACUCGAUGAUCAAGUUAGUUGAUCAUGGCUUUCAAUCCCAAAUCAAUUAACAUUUAAGAUAGACGAUCGGUCUGCUUCACCACUCCUCAACUUUUCCUCCCUUUGCAGGACCAGCAGCUACAGCAUACAAUCAAUGAUGCCAAAGUCAAAACUCGAAACCUAACUAUAGCAUGUUCUCUCUCUUUCUCAACUGGCUUGGUCUAUAACCAAAACCAACCAAAAAAAAAAUAAAAAGAAGGAAAAACCUUAUGGUAAGCAAACAAGAGGAGCAGUAAUAAUAGUAGUAGUAAUAAUAAUGGGAAAUGACUUUGUGGGCAAAUUUUGAUCAGUACAAAGGCUGGUUGAGAGUUAAAGACCAACUGGCCAUUUCGGUCUUAGCAGAGAAGAUAAUAGAGAUAAACCAAAAAUGAUGAAAAGGACAAGCUCACAUGAGUCGAACCAGAUCAUUCAUGGGCCCCUACGUAAGAGUUUUUACCUUACCAGUCUCUCUUCAUCUUCCUCUCUCUUUAAGAACCUAAAGAAGAAAAGAAAAACAAAUAUAGGCUUCAGCUUUGGCAAUUGGCACAGAAGGAAGCUUCGAAGGAGGCAGAAAAAAACUUGGGUUAAAGCCUAAUUCCUCCUCAAGGCCACUUCUCUCUUCUUCUUCUUCCUUUUUGGUUUUUUUUUUUUCUUUUUUGCUUUCUUUGUAAGCCAAAUGCUAGGUCAACCACGAGAAAUAACUUUUUCCUGUUGAUUCCUCCAUGGCCUUAAUUUGUCUUGUUUAGGGUUUUCAGUGUGUAUCUUUUUUGGUCCAAGAAGAUGGCACGACUCCGGUCGUUUUUUUACUGAGUUCUGAGAGACCUGUCUUUUGCUUCCCUCAGCCCUCAAAGAUCUAGAAGAAUAGAAAAUCAUACUUCCAAGAAACCGGAAUUUUCAGGUCAGGUCAGGUCCUAUUUAAGUUUUAUUUCUCCUUAGAAAAGAAAAGUCUCAUAGCAGCUAUCUAGACCGACCUUUUUUUUUUCCUACUUUUUCCUCCCAUUUUGCCAUCAAUUUUAUGGUUGUAUUUUCAUCUCAAUCAUAUCAUCUAGUUUGAUAAAGAAGGUAAAAUUUGGAGGCGGGUUAGUGAACUUUGUGGGUCUUGUAAUAAUGAACAUCACGAAGAUGAUAGAAAGUGAUAAGAGAAAUUACAAGCAACUUCCCAUAUUCCUCUUCCUCUUCUUUUGCUUCUUCUAAGUAGAAAGAUACUGUUCCUGAGCAACAUCAAAACCUGUGGCUGUGAACCCUGGAUUCUCGAGAAGACUGCAAAACUCAAGAGUCUGCAAUCAAUUUUGGCAAGAAACUAGAGCUGAUGGACUUCUCACUUGGCAUCAACAAUGAAGAAUCAAAUACUGGAAGUUAUAGAGGAGGUGAUGGUAGUAGGUCUAUUGAGAAAGAACACAUGUUUGAUAAAGUUGUCACACCAAGCGAUGUAGGCAAGCUCAAUCGCCUUGUUAUACCAAAGCAACAUGCCGAGAAGUACUUCCCACUUGACUCUUCAUCAAAUGAAAAAGGGCUGUUAUUGAAUUUCGAAGAUCGGAACGGCAAGUCGUGGCGGUUCCGGUACUCGUAUUGGAAUAGUAGCCAGAGUUAUGUGAUGACCAAAGGGUGGAGCCGUUUUGUCAAGGAAAAAAAGCUUGAUGCAGGUGAUGUCGUGUCAUUUCAACGGGGUAUUGGGGAGUCAGGAAAAGACCACUUAUACAUUGAUUGGAGGCGCAGGCCUAAUGCACCUGAUCCAACAUCGCUUGCACAUAUGCAGCUCCAAAAUCAGUUCAACUUUCCUCAGUCAGUCCGGUGGGGUAGACUCUACUCGCUGCCUCAAUCCAUUUGCGUUUCACGAAACUAUGAGCCUUUGCAUCGGUUGAAUUACAGCAUUUAUCCUUAUAAUCAUCACCAUCAACAGCAACAACAACUACAGCAACUGCAACUGCAACAACAGCUGCAUCAGGCAAUUACUUAUGGCAAUGUGGCGCAGCAUUAUCCAAGGUCAUCGUCUGGGUCACAUCAUCAUCAUCAUCAUCAUCAUCAACAUGAUCAAAUUGGGGAAGUGCAAGAAGGAGGAGGAGAGCCAAUGGUGAUUGAUUCAGUGCCAGUCGUUCAGGGUAAUAAAACUGCGGCUAAAAGGCUAAGGUUGUUUGGUGUGAACAUGGAGUGUCCUAGUCCUACACAAGACGAAUCUUCCUCGAAUUUUCCUCACGCCACAAUAGCUUUAGAUGACUCUCCUCAUUUCACUUCCUCUUCUGAUCUCCAAUCAAGAUUGUCCAAUAAUAAUAAUAAUACCCCACUGUCCUGUAUGCAAGCUGAAUAUUCAAAGAAAGGAAAAUCUUCCUUGUCCAUUGAUUUGGAUCUCUGAUGAAGAGAAGCACAGUGAACGGUUGCAUUCACUCUCUUAUUUUUUGCCUUGCAAUCAAGAUUGCGACAGGCACUGGAUUUAGGAGAGAGGGUUGAAAGAUAUUGAAGAUAAGAUUUAAGCAAUCUGACCAUGAUCUUGUCUGGUCUGCUACACACAAAAAAAGUCUCUUGUGCUAAAGAGGGUUCAGAUUCCCAACUGAUAGGUCUAUUGAGACUGGACUUUCACCAAAUAUUUGUAAGAAUUCAGAUAGCUUUGUUCAAAAUUUUUUUUAAUUUUUUAUUUUUGCAUCAAAUAUUGUCAGUGCAUCUAACAAUUAUUGAUUAAUAUUAAAAGAACAGGAACCCCAUGCCACUAAAUAAAAAAAAAUUACUUGUCUAGAAACUCUGCCAUUAAUUACAUAGGUUCUUAUUGAUGAAAUUUCCUUUUUUACAACUAUAUAAUUACAAGACUAGGGACGAGAAAACACUGAUGUGCAACAGCAGGUAGUUCAGAUUGCUACGAAAAUUAAUUAGCGUAGACUUUGACAUCAAAUGUAGAUUCUCAAAUGACAUGAAAUGGGUUAAAAUUAAUAAUGUUUGAUCCAACUAAUAAUAAAUAUAUUUAGGAUGGGUAUAGCAGCAAUUUAUAAGCAUUCAAAUCCACUAGUAGCACUUGAAGAUGUCUGAUUCUCUUGUCAUGCAUACUGAAUUGGUAAUUGGUAGCUCAAAAUAUUUAUUCUUAACAUUCUCAAUCAAUUAUUUUCACUUCUGGUUACUGAAUUAUAUGGCUUUAAAAUCGACUGAAAUAGUAGUAAGGCAUAAAAAUGCAGUGAAUUCACCCUUGUCCUUUGCUUAUUUGAAUUGCGUUCACGAACAAAUACAUAUAACACUUGCUGGAAUCUAUUUCACGUUAUCAGAUAAGAGAAAUGCAUUUCCACUUUCAUUUAUGUAUGUAUUUUUUUCUCUAGCUAUAUAAAGGGCAUUUGUGCAUACGUGGUACUAUGGUCACUGCUCUAUUAGAUGUAUUGAUGUUUGCCUUAGCCUUGAUGAAUAGUUUGACAGGUUUUUGAAUUUCUGCAAAUGCAUAUCAUUCAUGGCAUUCGAUUGACCAACUUCUGUACAUGUCUUAUUUUGAUGGUUUUGAGAUUCUGAAUCAUGCAUUGACUUGAUUUCGUGCUUUGAGCUAGCCAUGAUUACUUAUUGUGCAUAAUUCUAUAUUUCGGUGAUUGGAUAUCUGCUUAUGUAUAAAAUUGACCAUGUCGACAGUAUUAGAUAUAGAAUGGCUACGUAGAAAUGUAUAUACGUUUAUCAGAUACCACUACCCCAUAGAAAUUCUCUAAUUUGUAAGACAACUAGGAGAGAAAAAUAAAAGCUUUUGGAUUGAUUUAUGCGGAUGAUCAAACUUAAGAAACCGAAUUUCUGAUAAAAGCUUUGCGAUCCUUUGUGCAAAUGGUUUCCUACUUGUGGAAGCAUAAAUUUCUAAGUUGUGCAAUAAUGUAAUAUUCAGUAUAUAAUUUGAUCUUCUGUUUUUGUCUGUGGCCAUGCAGUACAAUAUUGAACUAAAUAAAUACUAUUAUAAAAACAUACAACCAUGGUGUAUUAUUUUUCACAUUAACUGAUCAAUGCUACAACUUCCAUUCAAUAUAUAAACAAUAUUAUAAAAUUUCAUUCGAAGGAAAUUAAAGGCAGUGUUCUAAUACGGUUUGCUGAGGCCCUAGAAAUGAUCAAUAUUUCGGUUUAUAUUUAUUGUUUCAUUAGUUUGAGACAUUGAAGAAAAGAUGUAAAAUACUAUGCAUAUGCAUUGAUGAUUGCAGUAUUUAGGAUCUAUGCGAAGACACAUAUCGAUACGUGUCUGUUUACACUAGAUGAACUUCCAUUUGAUUAGGCAAGUUAACUAACAUAAAAUAGUAUUGUUGUGUUUACUCUCCAUUCUUCAGUCUUCCCUAUAACAUUGCACCAGUCUCAAACUAUUAUACAUUUAUAUAUGAGACACAUCUGCGCCAUAUUAAGCAAAAGAAUAUAUAGAAGUUGGUAGUGUUUGCUUCACCGAGAGCCUUCACUUAACAUGAAAUGAGUAGCUAGCUAGGCUUUCUUUUCCCAUGGAUUUGUAAUCAAACUAACAGAGUUAUAGCAUCUUGUACCAAAAAAAAAAAAAAAACAGAUUACAUUAUUGGCUGAUUGACUAAUUAGAUAUAUAACAGUUGCAUUACAUCAGGAAUUGCCUGAUAAUAGAUUAUAAACAUGUUUUAUGUUUAUUGAUUCUCUGUUUAUAAAUAUCAACAAUAGAUUAGAAGCAAUAAACAUCAAUAUUUCUAUCCCUUCAUUCUGUGUUUGAACUUUGAAGAUUCCAGUUUCAUUACUUCCAAUCACUCUUUCAUUGAUUCUCUUACUGUGACGGCACAGUGAGAUGCUAUUUCCUCAUCACUGUUUGUCAUUUGAGUCAAAGCUCUUAAGUC